CUUCAAAUACCGCAUUACUCAAGCCCUAAUGUUGCACUACCCCUCCCGUACCUCUAGCCGUGUACAAUGCUCCUUUCCCCUAUCCUACGGCAGCUAAGACACCUCCCGCGCCUCUUCAUCCGCCAUGCUACAUCCUCGGGACCUCUAGGUCCAGCUCUCCGCGCCUUUCUUGCGUCCCUCCUCCUAUGGCUGCUCGCAUUCCAGUACUGCAAGUUCCGCUACUGGCGCAACCCCCACUCUGCCUUCUUCCGCAGUGAGGGCGUGUACGACUUGCACUACAGUGCCAACCGCCAGGCACAGGCUGCAGCCUACAUCGAGAACGCCAACACGACGGACGAUGGCGCCGCGGGCGAGCUCAUACGAGGCGGGGAGGAGCCGGUGAUAUGUGCGGCUUUUGUGACUGUGAAGAGGGAGAAGAUGAAUUACUUCGCUCAGUCGAUUGGGUCGAUGUUAGAGGGCUUGACGGAGGAAGAGCGCAAAGCGCUGCACUUGUCCAUUUUAUUCGCGGAUACAAACCCAGCUGGACAUCCCAAUUGGAAGGACCCGUGGCUUAGGAGGGUGGUGGACAAGGCGGAUACAUAUGAUAUCCCGGACGAAGAGCUCGCCCGGAUCAAGGAGGCGGAGGAGAAGCGGAACUUUUACGUGAAAGGACUCUUCGACUACAAAUAUACCCUGGAAUAUUGCUUGAAUAGCAACGCGCCUUAUAUUGCCAUUUUCGAAGACGACAUCGUUUUUGCCGAAGGCUGGAUGGCUAGAGUCCUCAAUGCCCUCGCGGACGUCAGGCAUACACCCCCAGCUCGUUCAAUACUCCCCGACGCCAGCGUCACUCGCCCAUGGCUAUACCUACGCCUCUUCUACACAGAGACAGCGUUGAUGUGGGAGCAGACGGACUACUGGUACGCGAACAUACACCUAGCAUUCGCUCUGUCUACCUUCACCGGCCUACUCACGCUCCUUGCGAUCCGCUACCAAUUCCCCUCGACACGUCCGCACCUCGACCCCCUUGCUCUCGCAGUAAUAAGCCUUGUUACCGUCCCCGCCUUCACAGCCCUUGUCUUCAUGAUCGGGAAGUACUCUCUUCAACCCCUUUCAGGGGUAGUGAAGAUGAACAAGUACGGCUGCUGCACACAGGGGCUUGUCUUCCCACGCACUCAGGUGCCAGGACUGCUGGGCUACUUCGCCGAGCGGGUGCAUGGGCAGACGGACUCAUUGAUAGAGGAGUAUGCCAAUCGUGAUGGGUUGGACAGGUAUGCACUUGCGCCACAGGUGGUGCAGCAUGUGGGGCUGCAGUCGAGUAGGGACAAUAUCGAGAUCAAUGCGAGGAGUACGUGGGCGUUUUGGUUUGAGGUCAAUGACCAGAAGGCGUUGAGACGAGAGCAUGAGAGGGAGGUUGGGCGGAUCAGAUGGGAUGAGUUGAGGGGUAGUACCGAAGGAUAGGAGUCGUUGUAUUUAUAUACUACAUAUUAGCACCAUCAAUGGUCUUGUGCAUGCUGCUCAUUCUUAGGCCUGUCACCAGGUCUUGCCCCU